AUGAGCUUAUCUGGGCAUACUCUGAGUCAUCUGUUUGCUGUUGAUGAAUAUGUUCGACUGCCUGUCUUCCCCAAGUUGACAUGUCUGACUAUUGAAAUGGGAGGCAGUAGCUGGGUUUUGCAUUCCUUGCUCAGCUCCGUCCCAAACUUACAGUCUCUUGUCAUUGACCUGAAUCGCACUGCAAGAAUGAUGUGGGAGAGUCUAGAAGGUGCUUGCACGCCUCAGUGUUUGUUAUCGAGCCUGGAGGAGAUCGAGGUCAAGCAACUUGUAGGGUUUAACGACGAGAAGCGAAUCAUAGCGUACUUUCUCAAGGCUGGAGCGGUCCUGAAGAAGGUGAAUAUGCACGUACAUCACGCAUUUCAUCAGAUAACGAGCCGCAAAGAUCUUGUGUCGCUGCUAAAACCUUCAAGAGGAUCGCGUGCCUGUGAAGCUUGUCUCUUCUUCCCGAAUGGCGAGCGUGUGUACAGCGAUAGCGAUGAUGAUCAGAGCAACACCGACGACGACAUAGAUGAUGACUCUAGUGGCAGUGACGAUGAGACCGACAGCAGCGCAGUGAGGAGAGGAUUCUCUUUGAUUUGGGCAAAGGAAAGGAAGCUCUGAUAACAUGAUGAAACUGCAUUUUGAUUUCCAUUAGUUCACUAGGCUGAAGAUCCUUAUGUGUUAUAUUUCUGAUCAGAUCAGUGAUCAUCAUGUAAGAACCAAAUCAGUUGUUCAAAUUUAGGUAUCUACUGCUGCAUCUUAGGGGCCAUCAGUAUUUGGGAAUUGCUGAAGUGAGGAUACUGCCAGAGAUGAAUGGGCCAUGUUGAUGCUACAGUGGUUGGCCCAGUGGGCCACUAUGAUAAGGCG